AUGGAUCACGAUCAGUCUGUUAAAUACUUGGAGGGGCUGUUGGGUCGCACACUGCGGAUCCAUACCACGGAUAACCGGAUGUUUCUUGGGCUUUUCAAGUGUACGGAUGCAGACCGAAACAUCAUUCUCGCCAAUUCUUUUGAAUAUCGUAUGCCCUCCACAUCUGCCGUACAAGCCGCUGCACACGAGAAAGAGCUAGAAGAAGGGCCGGAAGCAAAGAGCGCGACUUUCAAAUUGGACAUGACACACCGGUUGAUAGGCCUCAUUGUGAUCCCAGGACGACACAUUACGAAAAUAGAGCUGGAGUAA